AUGUUUCCGGCUACGUUCGUGUUGCGCACCAAGGGGUGCGGGAAUAGCGAAGCCACCCGGCGUGAACAACUUCAGCAGAUCUACGCCUCCGGCGUCCCAUUCUUCACGAAAACAGCGAUACGGGAAGCCGUCCGCGCUUUCGACAGCAUCCUGAUUGACGGUCACUCGGAGAAAAGUGUUUUCAUUACCGGCGUUGAUGGGGCUACUGUGGCCUUCCGCCUCAGGGUGGGCGAGAUCGUCAGCGGAAGCAGCACAGCCUUCAUCUUAAAGGAGCCCCGGCUGUGCUAUCAUCCCAUCGAGAUGAUGAUGGGCUUAAUCCAACCGUGCAGCGCUUGCUCCCCAAGCGUUCACGACCAUGAAUGCGGGUAUCUCCCAAUGUCCGUCUGCCACGAGGCAGAUCAGAUCGAUGCGACCACGAGGGAGGUUAUCCAGUAUUAUCCAAUGCCACCGAAAACCGAAAUUCAAGAAGACUUCAUCAAAUACUACGGCAAAUGGCGGGCCAGCGAGGCUUUCUGCCGCCUCAAGUCCAUUUUCCAAGGGAGAGUGGACAGUGUCAAACUGCCGACCGGGAUCAAUAAGGUCGUUGCCUUUGCGCUGGGCUCUCAUGCCUUCGGCCAGUCAGAGAGGGCAGCCUCGGCCUCCCAGCAUGCGUUGGUUUUAAGCGUCCGCGGUUUCCUCCAGGCAAAGGGCGGGACCAACGUUACCUGCUACGCUCAAGAUCCCGAUUACCAAACGGUAGACAGGGUUAUGUUGAGCACCUUGGGCGUCACGGUGCUUGACGACCCCAGAGCGCUUCUCGAGAUCGACCAGGAAAGCGUGGUGGUGGCGAUCCACCCAGCGAUACCUGUCCGCCAGAUCGUGGCGGACAUUACGCGGCCCGCUGUCUUGAUCUGGCAUCGGGAUACGUACAAACGGCGUUUACUUGAAACAAAUGAUCCAACAUCUCCCCGCGUCGAGCGCAUGUUGAAGGAACACUAUGUGGAGGUGGAGUGCCCUUUUGACUCCGAGCUGUUUCGCGACACAACGGUCUAUGUCAGGAAGUUGCCAUUUUGAAGAAGUCAGCAGAAACCACAAGCCGCCCAAGCAACAAACUAUCAUUCCCGGCCAUCCAGAAGCAUUAGGAAG